AAACUAAAAUAAAAAACUUAGACAGAACAGAACAGAAUAGAGAGAGAGUAGUUAAGUCUGGUGGUUUUCUGCUCAUCUACUUCCAUCCACCUUCCCUCUUCUUCAAUUCUCUCCCUUCUUUAAAUCUCUCUCUCUCUCUCCAUCUCCAUCUCCAUCUCCAAAACCCAGUCUCAAUGGAGAUCUGCACUUACUUCAAAUCCCAGCCCUCAUGGCUCCUCCUCCUCUUCGCCCUCGGGUCCAUCUCCAUCCUCAAGUUCACCCUCUCCCUCAUCAACUCCCUCUACAUCUACUUCCUCCGCCCCGCCAAGAACCUCCGCCGCUACGGCUCCUGGGCCAUCAUCACCGGCCCCACCGACGGCAUCGGCAAAGCCUUCGCCUUUCAGCUCGCCCGCAAGGGACUCAACCUCGUCCUCGUCGCCCGCAACCCCGACAAGCUCAGAGACGUCUCCGAGUCCAUCAGAUCCAAACACUCCAACGUGGAGAUCAAGACCGUGGUGAUGGACUUCUCCGGUGAUAUCGACGAUGGAGUGAGGAGGAUCAAGGAGACGAUCGAGGGGCUGGAGGUUGGGAUUCUGAUUAAUAACGCGGGGAUGUCGUAUCCUUACGCGAAGUACUUUCACGAGGUGGAUGAGGAGCUGCUUGGGAACUUGCUUAAGAUCAAUGUUGAGGGGACGACGAAGGUGACUCAGGCUGUGUUGGGGAAUAUGCUGAAGAGGAAGCGAGGGGCUAUUGUUAAUAUGGGUUCUGGUGCUGCUGCGCUUAUCCCUUCGUAUCCUUUCUACUCUGUUUAUGCCGGUGCUAAAACGUACGUGGAUCAGUUCACGAGGUGUCUUCAUGUUGAGUACAAGAAGAGUGGGAUUGAUGUUCAAUGCCAGGUACCCUUGUAUGUUGCGACAAAGAUGACAUCAAUAAGAAGAGCAUCGUUCUUAGUGGCAUCUCCAGAGGGAUACGCAAAGGCAGCACUGCGUUUUGUAGGGUAUGAAGCACGCUGCACACCUUACUGGCCUCACGCCCUCAUGGGUUAUGUUGUCUCUUCAUUGCCCGAGAGCGUCUUUGAAUCCUUUAACAUUAAGAGGUGCCUCCAGAUCAGGAAGAAAGGUAUGCUUAAAGACUCGAGGAAAAAGGAAUGAAAACUUUUCGAGGGUGCAUGAUUUUCUUCUGCAGCACUUGGUUUCUUGCAAGUUUCUGUUUAGACUUUUGCAAGACUUGUACGCUUUAGUUUCCGAUGUUUCCAAGGUUGUUUCCUUAUUUUGAAAAUUAAAAACCAGAACGUCCACUAAUCAUUCAUGUCCUCUCCUGCUC